AAGCUUCAAGCUGUUGCAAAAAGGUCAAUCAGCAAUGGCUGCAGCAGAACUACCCAGUUAUGUCGUAUCUCCUCAGACGGAGAAACACAGGAGGGCCAGGAACUGGACCGAUGCAGAAAUGAGAGGCCUGAUGCUGGUGUGGGAAGAAUUUUUCGAUGAGCUGAAACAAACCAAGAGGAAUGCUAAAGUUUAUGAGAAAAUGGCGAACAAACUCUUUGAAAUGACUGGAGAACAUCGGCACGGAGAAGAGAUAAAGAUAAAAAUUACAAAUAUGACCUUUCAGUACAGGAAAUUAAAAUGCAUGACUGAGAGUGAGUCCGUGCCCCCGGAUUGGCCCUAUUACCUGACCAUUGAUCGGAUCCUGUCCAAAGUCCCAGAAUACAGCGACGUCAAGCUGCUCGAGAACCAGCAACCGGGGCCUUCCACGUCCCAGACGGAGGCCUCCCUGUCUCCGUCGGCCAAGUCCGCCCCGCUCUAUCUGCCCUACAACCAGUUCCCCUAUGAGGGGAGAGAACAGUGCUACAAAGACCAGCAGCCCUCGGACAGCUCGUCCAGUUUGCUCUCCUUCAAGUUAAGAUCCGAAGAAAGACCGGUCAAGAAAAGGAAGGUCCAGAGCUGCCACUUCCAGAAGAAGAAGCUCAAGUUGAUGGAAGCCAUGUUGGAAGAGCAAAAGAAACUGAGUCGGGCGAUGGAGGAGACGUGCCGGGAGGCCCGCAGGCUCCUGGACCAGCAGAACAUUAUUCAAGUCCAGAGCCUCCAGCUGCAGGAGCGCAUGAUGAACCUCCUCGAGAAGAUGGUGGCCAAGGCCAACGCCUAGCAACCCGCCGGCCCCCCGCCUUCCCCGCCACCGCUCCCCGUCCGGCCUCAUCCUUCCCGCCCAUGGGCCCGGGAUUGCCCUCGACGCCGUCAGCCUCGGGGGAGAAGGAAGACAGGGACGGAGAAGGAGGGAGAACCGAAUCGGUGGAGUCAAGACCAAGUCACCACUGGGGAUGGCCAGGGGAGGGACGAAACUGAACUGUGAAAUCUAUAUCUGCAUCUAUAGUUAGAGAUAGAUAGAUAUAUUCUCCUAAGAAGAUAAGUGGUCUUCAUUAUUUUUAUACUUUAAGAGG